AUGGAGAAACCGAACUCUCUCUGUCAUCUCCUGCUGAUCAUUGUACUCCUUCCACUCUGGUUAUCACUUGCAGCAGCAGCAGCAGCCGCCUCUGAAUCAACCAUCAAAUAUCUCCCUGGUUUUGACGGCCCUCUACCGUUUGACUUGGAAACAGGAUAUGUCGGAGUGGGAGAAAAAGAGGAAGCUCAGCUGUUCUACUACUUCGUUAAGUCGGAGGGCAAUCCCGUGGAUGAUCCAGUGGUGCUCUGGCUCACCGGCGGCCCCGGCUGCUCUGCUUUAUCCGGUCUCGUUUAUGAAAUCGGUCCGAUGAACUUCGAGAUUGUUGAGUACAAUGGGAGCUUGCCGUCACUCGUCUUGAAUCCGGAUUCAUGGACACAAGCGGCUAGUAUAAUCUUUGUAGAUAUGCCUGUUGGGACGGGAUUUUCCUAUGCAACGUCGAUCGAAGAAUCCCAAUCAAGUGACUUCUUACAAAUUCAACAAGCUUAUGAGUUCCUUAGAAAGUGGCUGAUCGACCAUCCGGAGUUUAUUACGAACCCGGUGUACGUUGGCGGGGACUCUUUUUCUGGGCUCAUUGUUCCAGGCGUAGUUGCCAAUAUCUCAGAUGGGAAUGAGGAGGGCAAGAUUCCAUUCAUAAAUCUCAAGGUUCUUGUUAAUUCUUUUAAUUUGUUGAACCAACUCAAGUUCGUUGUUGUUCUUUUUCCUUUCCUGAUGGAGUGUCAACUAUAUGACCACCGGUUGCGACUCUAUGAAUACUUGACAAAUUUAUUGACCAAAUGUUCGGGGUAUUUGCUAGGAAAUGCUGCAACAGAUCCCCUCUUCGAGAACAACUUCGAAAUCCCAUAUGCAUUUGGCCAUGCAAUCAUCUCUUAUGAACUCUAUCAGUCGUUGAAGAGAAACUGUGAAGGGAAUUACAAAAUCCCUGACCCCAGCAAUUCCGCGUGUUUGACAAAUAUGAAAGCCUAUAAUGAGGCUACUGCUGGGAUUAACCAUGCACAAAUUUUGGAGCCACAAUGUGCAUAUGCUUCCCCAAAGCCAAUGGAGAUACUGUAUAGGAAAAGAUACCUGAAGGAUCAAUUUCAAGGAUUCCUGGAGCUAAAUGAUAGACUCCCCACAAUCGGCUGCCACACUUAUGGAUAUCUGCUAUCAAAGUAUUGGGCCAACGACAAAUCUGUCCAAACAGCACUUCAUAUCAAAGAGGGGAGUAUAGGGACAUGGCAGAGAUGUAAUUAUGGAUUGCCAUAUGCACAUCAGAUUUUUAGGAGUGUUGAUGAUCACCUGUACCUUUCCGAAAAAGGCUAUCGUUCAUUAGUCUACAGUGGGGAUCAUGACAUGAUGGUGACGUACUUGGGUACCCAAGCAUGGAUAAGAGCUCUCAACUUCUCCAUCGUAGACGAUUGGAGAUCGUGGCACGUCGAAAACCAAGUUUCAGGGUAUACAAGGACUUACUCUAACAAGAUGACAUUUGCAACCGUUAAGGGAGGAGGGCAUACGGCUCCAGAGUACAAAUCCCACGAGUGUUUUGCAAUGUUUAGAAGCUACAUUGGGGUGGGAGAAGCAGAGGAAGUGCAGCUGUUCUACUACUUUGUGAAGUCGGAGAGAAAUCCAGAGCAAGACCCACUUCUCCUCUGGCUCACCGGCGGCCCCGGCUGCUCUGCCCUUUCAGGCCUAGCCUUCGAAAUCGGUCCCCUUCGCUUUCAAGUAGCGGAAUACAACGGAAGCUUGCCGACUUUGCUCUACAAUCCCGACUCCUGGACAAAGGUUUCCAGCAUUAUAUUUGUAGACUCACCAGUUGGGACGGGAUUCUCUUACGCGACAACCAACUCGACUGCAAUUCGACCGAGUGACAUUGUUCAAGUUUCUCAUGCUGAAGAAUUCCUCAGAAAAGUUGGAAAUGAAAAUGGCGUCCAGCCAUUCGUAAAUCUCAAGGGAUACAUGAUUGGGAACCCAGUAACAGGUGGUGGAUUUGACAACAACGCACAAAUUCCAUUUGCACAUGGGAUGGCACUCAUUUCUGAUGAACUUUACCAGUCACUGGAGGAAAGCUGCGGGGGAGAGUACGAGAGAAUAGAUCCCACCAACUUGGAAUGCCUCAACAACUUAAAGGCUUUUCGCCAACCACAAUUUUACUCGUACUUGAUUUGCAAAUACUGGGCUGAUGAUGUACACGUCCGCAGAGCGCUUCACGUCCGAGAGGGGACAAUAGAUGGGUGGAUCAGAUGUAAUUAUGGGUUGGGUUAUGUCAGUGAUAUUCCAAGCAGCUUCGAGUACCAUGUUUAUCUUUCAACCAAGGGAUAUCGUUCAUUGAUCUACAGCGGAGACCAUGAUAUCGUGGUGCCAUUUUUGGGGACACAGACAUGGAUUCGAGCUUUGAACUAUUCCAUUGUGGAAGAUUGGAGAUCAUGGCAUGUGGAAGGCCAAGUUGCU